CCAAACGCAUGCGUAAUGACUGUAGCAACGACUAAAGCGAAGAUGGCUGCUUAGACACAGAAUCGCAGGAAUUUAAAGAUACGUAGUGUUUGUCGUUCAUCUCAAGCCACAAUGACACUGAAUCCUCUCGCAUUUCCUAAAGGUGUCAAAUAUCUUUGUGAACUUUGUCAAAAGCCAGCUUAUAUGCAGUGCACUCAAUGCCGAGUUACAUAUUAUUGCUGUGUUGAACACCAAAGAGCUGACUGGAUUGGAAUACAUGAAAAAAUAUGCCAGACUCUCAUGUCAUUAAGAAAGCCCCAACCUUUCCUCCCAUCCCAUGAAGAAAGAAAGAAGUGGGCAGAUGCUAUUGCAGAAGAAAAGAGACACAUGAUUGAUCUGACUAGAACAACCAGCAGAAAGCUUCUCUUUGAGGGAAAGCAUGAACAAUCCGUGCCAGCAGCCAUGCAGUCUUUACGCUUUGCAAUAGAAGUGUAUGGUUUGACAAGCAUUGAGCUUGUGCCAUCCUAUCUUAUUCUUGGUGAAUCCUGCAUUGGUCUAGGGAAACUGUCCCAGGCUGAUGAAUAUCUGGCUCAGGCUAACUGGACAAUACUAAAGACACCAAAUUCCUCAAAGGCCAUACAGUCAAAACUGCAUCGCAAUUUGGGGCUUCUGAAUGCUGCUAAGGGGGAUUUUCCAGAAGCACUACGCCAGCUAGCUGAUGAUAUUUACAAUGCUUCUGAAGAAUAUGGUACAGAUGACAUCAGAACAUCAGGAGGAUACUUCCACAUGGCCAAUGUGUUCUUUCGCCAAGGAAAACGGGACAUAGCUGAUUCUCUUUAUAAUCAGGUGACAGAUAUUUGGCAUACUUAUCUGGACCGCAUUGUCAAGUGUCGCACCCAGACACCUCCAACUCCUCGAGGAGUGGGACCCGGGGCUGUUGAAAAACUGGAAGAUAAAGAAGAGGGUUUAGAUGAAGCACAAGAAGCUGAGGCUGUGCAAGUUCUGAACUCAAUCUAUGAUAUGCAAGAGCACCAGCCCAUUUACCAGCCCCUAGGAAUGGCUAAAGUGUGUUACACACUGGCAAUGCUAUACUUUGUUCUGCAUGACAUUAAAAAGGCAAAAGAGUUUGGACGGAAAGCUGUUGUUGCAAGCGACAACUCUGCUGAUGACAACUUUUCCAGGAACAUUGUGGAAUUUAUGAAAAUUUGUGAACGUAUCAGGUAGAUGGUACCUUCUCCGGACACCCCUUGGUUAAGACAAAAACUACUUUGAACAAGAACUGAAGUUUUACCAAAAACCUCUUUUAAAAAUGCAUGUUAAAUUAAUUUACAAGGAAAAGAUUUCAGAUUAAUCAUACUUUUGAAAAAUAAAAAGAGUGUAUCAUCCUGUU